UUCCCCCCUCUCUCUCAGUCUCUCUCUCUUUGAUGAUAAUGAGUUUUCUAUUCUGUGGUUUCUCUGAGCUCAGCAGGUUUGUUUCUGUGCUGCUAAUCCUCUGUGGCAGAGUGUUGAGGUAUAAAAGAGCCAAAACCAAAUGCCAGGCUCACAGUCCUCAAGAGAGACCACACAUCUACCACACACAGAGCCAUCAUGUCUGCAGGUGGAGAGAAGUCCUCUAAGCCCUGUGCUCAGCCGGACGGUAAGGCUGCUCAGGGCAAGAAGUCUGAGAUGGGCAUGAUGUCCUACAAGAUGUGCGUAUUCGAUCAGGAGAACUUCCAGGGCAGGUGUGUGGAGAUCGGCGGGGAGUGCAUGAACGUGUGCGACAUGGGAAUGGACAGAGUGCGCUCUCUGCGAGUCGAAUGCGGCCCGUUUGUGGGCUAUGAGCAGAUGAACCUCUGUGGGGAGAUGUACAUCCUGGAGAAGGGAGAGUACCCUCGCUGGGACUCCUGGAGCAACUGCCACAGGAACGACUUCCUGCUGUCCUUCCGGCCCGUCAGGAUGGACCCUGAGAAGCAUAAGAUCUGCCUGUAUGAGGUUGGUGAAUUUAAGGGGCGUAAGAUGGAGAUUGUGGACGAUGACGUUCCUAGCCUGUUCUCCUACGGCUUCACCGACAGAGUGGGCAGCAUCAUCGUGAGCUGUGGAACGUGGGUGGGGUACCAGUUCCCCGGUUACCGUGGCAGCCAGUACCUGCUGGAGAAGGGCGACUUCCGGCACUUCAACGAGUAUGGCGCCCCCUGCCCGCAGUUCCAGUCCGUCAGGCGCGUGCGGGACAUGCAGUGGCACCCGCACGGCUGCUACACCAUGGCCAGCCAAUGAAGGAGGAGCGAGAGGGAGGGGGCGGGAC